UAUCUGUGACUGAAGAAGCAGACAGACAACGAGAAAUAAGAAAAUGGCUUCGUUUCAAAGUGAAAUAAAAAUUGAAGAAUUAUGUCGAACAUGCCUGUCUAAAGAUAAUGAGUUACACUCAAUAUUUGAUGUAAUUGUGGGAACAACAACCACGUUAGAUUACAUUAUUACUUCAACAACUGGACUUAAGAUCAGCAAAAAUGAUGGCUUGCCUUCUACAAUAUGCUGUGAGUGUGAAGAAAAGGCUAAAAAGGCUUAUGAUUUUAAGAAGAAAUCAGAAGAAGCCAACAUGUCACUUAGGGGUAUUUUAAAAAAAGAAUGUUCUUUAAUGACAAAAACAUUGGGCCAAAACAAUGCAUCAAGUGUAAAGACUGAAGAUUUGUCAUCACAUGAAAAUGAUGACUAUGUUGAUAGUGAUUUUAACAUUUCUUUAAACAGUGGCCCAGAUUUGCAAGAAUUGGAGGCUGUAAAAACUGAACAUGAGAUUUUAGAACGCAAGUCAUGCAUUGUAUGCAAAAGCUGCCUAGUCGUUUUCGAUACACGUGAUAAAUUACUGGAUCACCAGAAAAUAUGCAUAAAAGUCGAGUGUGAUGAAACAAAUCGUACCUUCUGCCCACUUUGUGGUACAUGUUACAAUGGUGCUGAGAAUCUAACGAAACAUAUGUGGGAAUUUCAUGCAGAUCUAAUGGGCCCAAAAAAGAGAGGGAGACCUAAAAAAAUGUUAACCAGUACCAUCCUUAACAAAUUAUCAGAAAAUGGAUUUUGCAUUACGUCAAUGCCUGCUAAAAAGAUUGAAUGUGCAUUUUGCAAGCAUCAUUUUGAAACCAAAGAAGAAUUAGGAUUACAUGCCGUAACUCAUAAAGAGACGAAGGUGCUGCGUUGUCUAAAUUGCAAGAAAAUAUAUCUCGACGCGCAAAAGUUUUAUCAGCAUAUUUGUAUUGAAGAUAAAGCUGGAAUAAAUAAUGUUGAGAAUGAUUCCACGAAUACAGAUUCUAAUAAUAAAAAAAAACAACAAAUUGCGUCAGAAAUUACCCUGCGGGAAUUCAUAGAUCCGAACUCAGAUAUGGAGGCUAUCAACUUGCUACAAGUAUGCAGUGUGUGUACCUGCAUAUUGCAAUCGGAAUCGGAUCUUAUUAAUCAUCGCGAUGCUGAACAUCCUGAACUGUCUCAUCGGUGUAACCUUUGUACCAAGGUGUUUGCUUCUUUGCGCUCAGCAGCGCGCCAUAGAAGCAUGUGCAAGCAAAUCGAAAGAAAAUAUAAAUGUAACACUUGUGGACUAAAAUUUGCUUAUGAAAUAUCAUUAAAUAAGCACAUUUUAAGAUAUCAUGAGGGUCAAAGCGUGUCAGUGAAAUUUAUAGAUCCAAAAACCAGACGAGAUGAGCGGCAAUUCCAGUGUGAUACAUGCAGUAGAAGUUUCUAUAAGCGAGACUUACUUGUGAAACAUACUAAAAUACAUAUGCCAAUAGAAAACUUCUAUGAAUGUGACGUGUGCAAAAAAAAGUUUCACAGAAGUGAUAAUCUAAGAUCUCACAAACGAGUGCAUGAUGUGCACCGCGAAAAACCUUCGUCUAAUAAUUGCUUGUGUCUUUAUUGCGGCCGGAGUUUCUCGAACUCCUCCAAUUUGAUCGUUCACAUGCGGCGCCACACCGGGGAGAAACCCUAUAAAUGUGAUUUUUGUGGUAAAGGUUUCCCAAGGUCUUCAGAUUUACAAUGCCACAGACGAUCUCACACUGGGGAAAAACCAUGUAUCUGUCGUGUUUGUGGUAAAGGGUUUUCGCGCAGCAAUAAGUUGUCUCGUCACAUGCGAGUACAUACUGGACAGCGACCUUACAAGUGCACGUAUUGCGAGAAGGCGUUUUCGCAGAGCAACGAUCUCAACCUGCAUAUUCGUCGACAUACGGGCGACCGGCCCUACAUCUGUGAAGUGUGUGGCGAUAGAUUCAUACAGGGCACAGCGUUACAGAACCACAGAAGAGCCCACGGCCACUUCCCCGCUCCUCCUGCAGAAGCGCCUUCUGAGGUGCAAGCGAUCACUUAUACAGUUCAAAGCAUAAAUCAUAGUAAUUAAGAACUAAUUUGGAGCUGACUCCAUGUAUUUUGAACUUAUGGUAGCGUUAGUUAAAGUUUAAUUUCGCGGCAACCAGGCAAUAAAAUGUGCAAAUGCAACAGCGCAUGUCACAUUCUCUCGUGCAUUAUGUUUAUAGGUGACGUCACAAAGGAGAGGGUAUGCGCAUUGUUGAGUUACGUAUGCUUAUCGAAAGCAAUCUGUUUUUAGGAAAAGGGAUGUUUCGAAAUAUAUGGAGCUCCGGCCCAGAACCCAAAAAAUGAGAAAACACGUACUUUAAGUUGACUUUGUUAGGUUAUAAAAUAUAAAAAUGUACACUUGAAGUUGCAACUCAUAACGAAGUCCCCAAAAAGUUAUAAAACUUUUGAUCCUUCUCAGAUAUAUUACGAGCAAUGUAGGCCUUUCGGGAGAGUCUCUUGAGAUAUAUACAACAUGUAACUUAAUUAACGCACAUCCUGAAAUUAGUUUGUUCAGAAUCGCUUACUGAAUCGAUUUAUAUAAUUUUUAAUAUAGGUAAUUUUUUAUCCCAAAAAUAAUUAAAA